AUCAACAAUCAUUGCAAGCCAAGCCCAGUCAGACUCUUGGCUUCUUUAAUUUACUCUAUCAUUUUUCUAAUUCAAAGGGCUAAGCUAAAGUGUUUUUCCAGCAAUGACAAUAUUCUACAAACAAGCGUACAUGAUCUAGUGGUGCCCAGGAAGAGGUCAUUUUGAAGAAAGUUGUCUAUCUCAUCGUAAGAAUGUCGGCCAACACUGUUAAGAAGGAUGGCGACAAGGUGAAAGCUACGUUGAACCCUGGGAAAACAACCAGCAAGUCAUCCAAAGCGAGUGACCUUGACAAGAUCAGACAAAGCCUGGCAAAGCGUUCGUUGAACGUGAAAUUUGACUUGCAAGGCUCAGACUACAAACCCAUAGAAAACAUUGGCAUUGGUGCAUACGGAGUUGUCUGUUCUGCUAUUCACACAAAGUCUGGAGAUCGAGUGGCAAUUAAGAAGAUCCCGAGUGUCUUUGAUGCUCUCAUCAUUGCUAAAAGAACCUACAGGGAAAUAAAGAUUCUCAAGCACUUCAAGCAUGACAAUAUUAUCUGCAUUCGAGAAAUUCUCAUGCCGAAAGAAAAUGUCAAAGCAUACCAGGAUAUCUACGUUGUGUUCGACUUAAUGGAGAGUGACCUUCACCGCAUCAUCUACUCUGAUCAAGAGCUGAGUGAGGAGCACAUUCGCUACUUCCUGUACCAGAUCCUCCGCGGGCUGAAAUAUAUCCACUCUGCCAACGUUGUUCACCGCGACCUGAAGCCGAGUAAUGUCUUGGUCAAUGAAGAUUGUCAUCUCAGAAUUGGAGAUUUUGGAAUGGCCAGAGGGAUCUUCUACACCCCAGACGAGCCCAGCUAUUACAUGACGCAGUACGUGGCCACCCGGUGGUACCGAGCGCCGGAGAUUCUUCUGUCUAUGUUGGAGUACGGCACAGCUGUGGAUAUGUGGUCUGUCGGCUGUAUCUUUGCUGAGAUGAUUGGCAGAAAACAUCUCUUUCCUGGCAAAGACUACAUGUCCCAGGUGAAGCUGAUUCUUGGUGUGUUAGGGACCCCUUCAGAGGCCGUGAUGAAAAACUGUCAGAAUGACAUUCUCAAGCGGAUUAUCAAGAGUUUUGGGAAGAAAGAACCAAUGGCCUGGGAUAAAUUGUUUCCAAAAGCCAGCAAAAAGUCCAUCGAUCUUCUGAGCAAGAUGCUGGUUUUGAACCCAGAAGUCCGCAUCCCAGUGGAGAAAGCUUUGUCGCACCGUCUGCUCAAUAAUUACCACGAUCCGGAUGAUGAGCCCAUAUGUGUGCCAACUUUCAACUUUGAUUUUGAGAAGGAGGAGAUGGACAAACCCUCACUGCGCGAGGCAAUCAUGCACGAGAUAACGGACUUCCACCAGCCGCGGCAGCCUUCUCUCAGCUUCAGUGCAUUUUUACGACCAGCCCCAAAGCUGGAAAAGUCGGAAGAUAAACACGAGGAUGUGAUUGUCUCUUCCGACAGCCCCACUUCUCAGCCCAAAGGAGCAAGCAAGGCCGAUUCUGUCACGGAGACCAGGGCCAGCGGGAGCUACCAGACUCAGAAGACGCCAAAUGCGGACACCCACAAGACUGGCUCCAAAGUGUCCCCAGUGUCUCUCGAUGUCGGUCGACUGCAGGUCGUGGCGCCUUCUGCAGACAUUGAAAUGCUGAGCGCACAGUCAAACGAUGGCCGAGCAAUGGAGACUCAAGGUCCACCAGAGCUGCCUCCUGUGAAGAAGAAAGACGUUGGACCAGAUGGAAAGGUCUCCGAGGGGCAGAAAGCAGCCCCUGGGGAGAAAGAGAGCACUGGGAAGUCGGUGACGCCGGAGAAGCCUAGCAAUACAAUUUCAGAAGACACGAAAGCUUUGGUCAAACAAGCUCUUCUAAAUGCCACCCAGAGAAGGCAAAGAGCAGAAUCUCAAAGUGAUGAUGUGGACAGAUCGAAGCCGAUAACAGCUCAACAGAGGCAGAAGGAACGAGAGGAGAAGCGGAGGAAGAAAAAAGAGAGAGCAUUGGAAAAGGUCAAAAAGUCGAAAGAUAAGAAAGGUGUGCAAGAACAGAGCAUCUCUCUAUCAAACCAAGACGUGGAACUGCUCCGUCGCUGGACUGUCAUGCAGAAUCCUGCUCAGAGGGGACAGCACUCUAACAGCAACAGUCCUCCUCAUCCCGAGCCCUCGUCGUCGCCGGCCAACCAUAGCGGGACGAACAACGCGCCAGGAGGCGCUAGUACAGGAAGCGGAGCCCUUCAAGGCUCAAAACAGUCGUCAGGGACUUCUUCCGUCAAGCCUCGACAGAUCCUGGCCAAAACCAGCUCCUCUACUUUAACCAUGGCCUCAUCAGUGACUCUCUCCUCUAAUCAGAUGAAUUCUGGUGGCACGGUAAUCAUAUCCUCCUCUCAGAUUGGCCUCUCGCAGAGUAACUUUAUCCCUGUCAUUGCAAUCCCUUCAGCUGUCAAUCCAGGCAAGCUGGAGAUUAAACGAAUUUACCGCUCAGAAGAGGUGACCCCUCAGGCGGGUAUGUCCGGCGGUAACACCUCUUCUUUCUCCUCGUCCCAGGCCUCCGACAGCACAAAGGCUAUGUUACAGAAUGCCAUUCUCUUGCGGAGUCAGGCUGAAGCAGGGGCGGGUAACUCUAAUCAGAGGUCAGACCCCGUGAAACCUCUGGGUAGUUUCCUUCAUCAGAUUGAUACAAAGGAGAAAGUAUCGUCGGUAAAUUCUUCAGGAGCGCCGUCAUUCCCUUUCCUCCAUCAGAUUGAUACAAAGGAGGAAGUGUCGUCGGUAAAUUCUUCAGGAGCGCCUUCAUUCCCCUCUCAGGCCACCUCCAAAGGUCUUCCGGAAGUCUCUCAGUUAAGUGCCAUUCCCUCCCACAUGCUGCCUGCCUCCUCUACUGGGGCUGGGUCCUCCAGUCAUCUGCACAGCGAACCGCAGCAGGAUGUUUCUAGUGAGGAAAAAUUUACGCCUAAUGGUCAGGGCAAUGACCUCAGCGACUUUCUGGAUAGACACAUCAAGGAAGAAGCUGAAAACAUGGAAAAACUGGGUGGAAAGAGUUUCGGAGCUUCCUCUUUUGACCCGUACUCUCAUCAUAUGUCUGGAGAUGGGCAAACGAACAUUUUCAAGUCAGAAAAUGAGAGUCCGUCUUCUGAAAACCUACAGAUCAACCUGUCACCCCCUCACCCGCCGCCAUCCUACUCAAGUUUCCCCCAGGUUCUGCAACCCCCCCAGCAGCACGGAACAGGUGCUCAUUUGCCUCAAGGUACCGGCGAGUCACACGGUCGUCCAAAUCACAGCGGCGACGCUUCUCAUAACACAGACGCUCUGCCCUUCUCGGUUUACGGGGAUCAACUUCUCUCCAACUCGUUCCCUACCCACGGCAGUUAUGGGGGCAAUUUCCAUCAAGCAAAUAACAGCACUAACAACACCUUCAACAACCAUCCGCCGAAUUUCUUAACAGGCGAGAACUUUUCUGAAUAUCCAUCUCGCGGUGCGGAUUUGAACUUUGCUGGGUCCGACCCCCACCCUCAGUCCAACAUGUUGUUCCCGAGCACCUCGGAGUUCAGCCCUCAGGCUAGUCAGAUACAACAGCAGCGACACCAGCACCACCAGCAAAUGUUCCCCUCCACUUCUUCCAGUUUCCAGACUCCGCAGAAUUUUGGCGGCUCAGGUCCGUCUUUCCAGAUCCCCUCUUCAUCCUCCGUGGCCUUGGGGCCGUGUGCUUCCAACUUUAAUAACAAUAACAGUUAUCACCAGCAGAGACAGACCCACCAGCACAACAUUCCCAUGUCAGCGGGGAACCCCGUGUCGUCCAGUCUGGGCAACUCUGGGGGUCAACAAGCCCAGCUGUUCCACCACCAGCCACACGGGCAUAUGGUGGGGCCGUCCGCCUCGUACGGGAACCAACACCAGCCUCUGCCAGGUCCGUCGAACGUGAGUCGUGGCCUGACGGUGAACUGCAACAAACCGGGACGGACGGCAGACUCCCCGGCCGACCUGAUCGCUUUGCUCAGCAAACAGUUUUCCAAGUCGCAGGUGGUGGACGUCUUCCCGCCCACGCUGGCCUUGACCCCUAAAGGCACCGGCGCAGGCUACGGAGUCGGGAUGGAUCUCGAGACUAUGCUGACGGAUGCACAAGACAAUAACGCCUGCGUGCGCGUGGAGCAGAGUCCUCUGUCCUCGUCUCUGCUGGCCGACUGGCUGGACGUGAGCAGCAGCCUGAGCCAGGCCGACCUUGAGGCGCUGGAGAGAGAGCUGCAGCUGCAGAGCCCCAUGAACAUCAGCUACAGCGACGUCAACUUGUGAUGUGCUGCUCUGUGACGGACCCUAUGUAGGUAGUGGGCGGGUGCCAGGCCGACCUUGAGGCGUUGGAGAGAGCCCCAUGAACAUCAGCUACAGCGACGUCAACUUGUGAUGUGCUGCUCUGUGACGGACCCUAUAUAGGUGGUGGGUGGGUGCCAGGCCGACCUUGAGGCAUUGGAGAGAGCCCCAUGAACAUCAGUAACAGCGACGUCAGCUUGUGAUGCAUGUUACUGCUCCGUGUCUGAGCCGGACUCUUACUGUUGCUAACUGCCGUCGUAACAUCAGAUACAGCGACGUCAACUUGUGAUGCCUUGCCCUGUGACUGAUUCUGACCACUGCCGUCGUGCAAUCUCUCAUCACAUUUAGGCCAGUCUUGAUGUUAUUGGUCUACAAUGUUUACUGUUCACCCUUAACCCUUUUGAUGUGUGGUUGCUGGGUGCUCUGGUGUGGUUUGCUCCUUCUUUCCUAUCAAACAUCUAUCGUCCUUAUCUCUCCUCCUUCUUUUCUA